AUGGGUAAACAUCAUGAUAAAAACAUAGACGAUACAUCGGUUUAUGUGAACACGAGUCAAGUCCCUACCAAUACAGGAGGUGGAUUAUUGAUCGGCAUUGUGGUGACUUUGAUCAUUUGUCUCUGUCUUGGUCUUCAAUUUGGAACGCUCCGUGGUUGUCUUGGCAGAUAUCUUGUUUGUAUGCAGCCUCGACAGAAAACAGACGAGUUAAUAGAAACCGGUCUGUAUGAAAAAUAUCAUCCGACUAAUAAAACAUUUAUCGAGGAACGUCUUUCUUCUUCGCCUAUCCUUGUUAAACCCUUACCACCAAUACCUUCAAUACCAUCCAAUGGAUGGACAUCAUGA